GCAGUUCGCAGCAGAGAGUCUUUUUCCGCGUCCCUUUCGCAGCUGAUUGUGAGCCUACAGAGUUCGUGUGGUUCGUAUGUUCAAUCUGACAGAUCUUUCGAUUCAACUAUCAUCGCUGUGAUAAUUCCGCCGCGCUAAAUUGCAUCCCGUGCGGGCGAUCCAGACUUCCACCGGUCUUUGAAAUCCAUGGCAGCUGUGGUAUAAUGUACCGCGAAUAGACUAAAUAAUAUUUUUGAGUCUGCGGCACUGGUGACCAUUAUGUCGACUGAUGUGGAGGAGCGAUUUGAUAACAUAAAACAUGCAGAUAAUGACCAUAAAUUGUACAGAGGCUUAAUACUUAGAAAUAAAAUGAAAAUUCUUUUAAUAAGCGAUUCAAAAGCUGACAUGAGUAUUGCUGCAAUGGACGUUAAUAUCGGCUUCAAACACGAUCCAGAUGAUCUACCUGGAUUAGCGCAUCUUUGCGAGCAUAUGUUACUGCUGGGAACGAAAGAAUAUCCUCAACAAAAUGAUUACAAUGAGUACCUGUCGCAGUAUGGCGGUUGGGACAAUGCAACGACAAAAUUAAAUUGCACUAAUUAUUAUUUCAAUAUAAUUCCGAAGAAGUUGGAAGGAGCUUUAGAUAUAUUUGCGCAGUUUUUCAUAGCGCCUCUCUUUAGCGAGACUUUAAUAGAGAAGGUGAUAAAUGGAGCUAUACAUCCAGAACACGAGGAAUAUUUAACGAAAGACAUACGGCUACUUUUUCAAUUACAUAAAUUAUCUGUAAAACCAGAUCAUCCGUAUUCAAAAUUCAGCACAGGCACUAGAGAGACAUUAAGCAAAAUAUCGAAAGAGAAGAACAUUAACGUUAGAAAUAGACUAUUAGAGUUUUAUGACAUAUAUUAUUCUGCAAAUAUUAUGUCGCUGUGUAUUCUUGGUAAAGAUGGUUUAGAUGAUCUCGAAAAUAUGGUAGUAAAACGCUUUCGUAAUGUAAAAAACAAAGAAGUUGAACUUCCUGUGUAUUCUGAAUAUCCAUUCAAAGAUGAAGACUUUAACACUAUAUGGUACUACAUUCCGAUACAUGAUAUCAGAUAUUUAGAUAUUUCGUUUGCUUUACCUGAAAAGCAGCAUGAACACCGGAUGCCUCUCAAAUACAUUAAGCAUUUACUUGCACACGAAAGCAAAGGUUCAUUAUCAUCAGCUUUAAAGGCCAAAGGUUGGUGUGACUACGUAGGAAAUAGAGAUGUUUCUGCAGACACAAGCGUACAUUUCUUUACAGUUGUAUUUAAUCUAACUGAGGAAGGUAUUAACCAUGUAGAAGAUAUUGUUCAAAUAAUGUUCCAAUAUAUCAAUAUGCUGAAGAAGAAUGGACCGAUAAAAUGGAUCUAUGAUGAAAUUCAGCAAAUUUCAAAUAUAAAUAAUACUUAUAAUGAAAACAUACACCGUUUGUCUCAUGAGCACAUAUCUAAAAUAGCCUAUCGGCUGCACGAGUGUCCCAUGGAAGAAAUCUUUUUAAAGCAACGUGCAUGGCGACCAGAUUUGAUCGAAGAGCUAAUGGAAUAUUUUACGCCGCAAAAUAUUAGAAUUUACGUUGCCGCAAAAGCGUACGAAAGUAUAACGAAUAAAACCGAGAAAUGGUAUGACGUUAAAUAUAAAAAAGAAAAGAUAUCCCAGAAAGCAAUAGAAAUAUGGAACCGCGCUGGCUAUAACACGGAUCUGAAAUUGCCCCCUAAAAAUGAAUUUAUAGCGGCCAAGUUUGAUAUUAAGACAGAAACUAACGUACAAAAGUUUCCUAUUAUUGUAAAAGAUACAUCGUUUGUAAGAGUUUGGUAUAAAAAGGAUGAUGUAUUUUAUGUACCAAAAGCGACGAUGAACUUUCUCUUCUCUAGUCCGUUCGCCUACAUGGAUCCUCUCAGUUCCAAUUUGACUGAUAUAUUUGUUGAACUACUUCGUGAGUCCCUUACUGAAUAUACAUAUAUAGCUAAUUUAGCUGGUUUAAAAUUGAAAAUUACUACUACGAAAUAUGGAAUAACAAUAACAAUAGAUGGUUACGACGACAAGCAACGUGGUUUGUUAGAAAAAAUCAUGGACCAAAUGACAAAUUUUGAAAUUAAUCCGGAGAGGUUUGAAAUUCUAAAGAAACAGUAUAUUGAAUACUUCAAAAAUUACGAUGCAAUAUACACAAUAAAUUAUCUUGAACGAAUACUGUUGACAGAACAACAUUGGCUUAAUGAUGAAUUAUUGGAAUCUACUACUCAUCUAAGUGUCGAUAGACUCGAGCUCUUUAUACCAAAGUUAUUCAGCAAAAUGCAUGUAGAGUGCUUAAUAUAUGGUAACGUGACUAAAAUGGAAGCUAAAGAUAUAGGUGAACUAAUUGAGUCUAAUUUAAAAACUAGAAUGCCUCACAUAGUACCCUUGUGCCAAAAGCAAUUAGUAUUGUAUCGUGAAAUUAAACUAGAAGAUGGUUGCCACGUUCUAUUUGAAGAGGAAAGUAAAGUGCAGAAAACUUUUAGUACCAUAGUGUACUACGCAACUGGUCUACGAUCAACGGAGUCGAACAUGCUUUUAUCACUUUUAAAUCAAAUUAUUGAUCAGCCUUGCUUCGAUAUUUUAAGGACCACAGAAGAAUUAGGCUAUGACGUAUUUAGUCGUAUAUGUGCAAUAAACGAAACGCAAUAUUUGACAGUCGUUGUACAAGGUGACCAUCGCCCGCAAAAUGUCGAACAACGAAUCGAUUCAUUUAUGGACUCUAUGUUUGAUCACAUAUCUACUAUGUCAGAAGAACACUUUGACAACCACAAGAAAAGUCUAGUUUCAUUAUAUUUGAAGGCACCCAAAACGAUAUCUAGUCAAGGCUCUUUAUAUUGGGAAGAAAUUGGAAGCCAAGUAUAUAAUUUCAAUCGAGUAAAUAUUGAAAAAGAAUACUUAAAUACAAUAACGCAGCAACAAUUACUGCAAUUCUUUAAGGAAAAUAUACAUAGCAAGUUGACUCGACGUAAGUUGUCGGUACAUGUGAUGCCUACGGCUAUGGCAGCGGAAAGGAAUUUGCCUGAUACAUCUAGAAAAAUUACCGUUACUUCAUCCGAUAAUAAAAUUAAAGAAUUUGACAAUUUAAUGUCAUUUAAGCUAAGUCAAAGUUUAUAUCCUUUACUAGAACCGAUCGACAAAAAUGUUAUCAGAAAGGGUAUAAGAUGCUCUUCUAAGGUGUAAGAAGAAAUGAUAUAAUAAUGGUUUUGGUUUGUUAUCAUGUAUUUCGUUAUUUCUUCAAAGAGAAGCUAGCUUUUAAUUCUUUCGCUUUCUUUCUCUCUCUUUUAGUAUUACGAUAUUUUUCUGUAUCAAAUCUCGUUCACGCGUAAAACAGUAAUAUAAUUCUAUGUAUUCCAUGAAAUUGAAAUCAUUGUGUAUUAGAUAAAGUAAGUAAUAAUGUAUAAUUUAUACACAUUAUUAACCUUUAAAUAUACAACGAGGGUAUGCCAUACCCGGUCGGUAAGAGAUUUCUGCAAAAUUGUCUUACAACUUUAUUCGACUUAUUUGCAAAUAUCUUUGAAAGUAAACGUUAAAUCACAAUAUCAUGUACAUGGUCUUGUUCCUUACAGGACACAAUUGGCACACAAUUUAAAAAAAAAGAGUCUAAAAUUGAUGCACAAGACGCGAAGUUAUAGUUGAAAUACUCGAGUCGGGUAUGACAUACCCCCGUUAUAAACUAACGUUACCGACACGGACGUUAUGUGUUUAAAAGUUAAAUACUGCGACAUACAAAAAGUCAUUUUU